AUGUCAGUUCUACAACCGCCGAGAGAAGGGAUUACUCUUGAAUACCUCUUUAGACCCGUCCAUCAUGUUUUACUGCAACCAAUCGUCCCAGCCGCUCUUCUUCUGCUACACCUGAGAUACCCUGAGGGAUUCCAAAGAGCUCUUUCGAUCAUUGGAACGAAUGUACUUCAGCCCAAAGUCGUUGAUCGAACCCUCGGGGGACUUCUCACAUUUAGUGUCCUGUAUAGGUUGAACAGAUACCUCAGCCGGCUAGUGCUCAACAACUUUGUAAAAGACACGACAUGGAACUGGGAGCGCGAAAUUGUCAUCAUCAGUGGCGGGUCCUCUGGGAUCGGGCAGGAGAUGGUUCGACAGUUUGGCGAACGGAACAUCAAAGUCGUGGUUCUUGAUGUUAAUCCUCCUCAGACGCCACUACCCCCCGGUGCCACAUUCUACAAGACUGAUGUUACUUCAUCCCAAGAUAUUCGGGACGUUGCGGUGAGAGUCCGCAAGGACAUUGGAGACCCGACAGUGCUCAUCAACAAUGCUGGUGUUGCCAAUGCGAGAACCAUUCUCGACGAAACAGAGGAGCAGCUUCAACGCACCUUCGACGUCAACAUCCUGGCCCAUUUCAAGAUGGUCAAGGAGUUCUUGCCGGACAUGAUCAAGAAAAAUCAUGGUCAUGUGGUCACAAUUGCCAGCAUGUCGAGCUUCGCGACAUGGGCUGGCGUCACCAGCUACGCCGCGACCAAAGCAGCAGUACUUGCAUUCCACGAAGGGUUGUCGCAGGAACUCAGGGCGAGAUAUGGUGCGAAUAAAGUCCGCACAACGAUUGUGCAUCCCGUAUGGGUACGGACGCCACUUGCCCGCAACUUGGUCAAGAAUAUGGCUUCGGAUCAGGUGGUGCUGGAACCAGGCACAGUAGCAGAAGCGGUUGUCUCGCAGGUGCUCAAAUGUGAAGGCGAUCAGCUUAUUCUUCCAGCCCGAUUCAACUUUGUGCCAUUCAUCAGAGGCUGGCCUAGCUGGUUGCAAGAGAGUGCCCGGAGUGAUGGUGCACAGACCAUUAAAAGUGACGACUGA